UCAGACAAAUGCGGGGACAAUAUCAGAAUCACUAGCGCAAAUUACCUCACUUCACCCGGUUAUCCGGUGUCUUACUACCCGUCUCAGAAAUGCAUAUGGGUGAUUACAGCUCCAGGACCGAACCAGAGGAUUUUGAUCAACUUCAACCCACACUUUGACCUGGAAGACAGAGAGUGCAAAUAUGACUAUGUGGAAGUGAGAGAUGGAGUGGAUGAGAGCGGGCAGCUGGUUGGGAAGUAUUGUGGGAAGAUCGCUCCCUCUCCUGUGGUCUCCUCUGGGAACCAGCUCUUCAUCAAGUUUGUGUCUGACUAUGAGACUCAUGGUGCUGGCUUCUCCAUCCGUUACGAGAUCUUCAAAACGGGUCCAGAAUGUUCCAGGAACUUCACCUCCAGCAGUGGAGUCAUCAAGUCACCCGGCUUUCCAGAGAAGUACCCCAACAACCUAGACUGCACGUUCAUGAUCUUUGCUCCUAAGAUGUCGGAGAUCGUUCUGGAGUUCGAGAGCUUUGAGUUGGAGCCAGACACACAGCCACCCACUGGAGUGUUCUGCCGAUACGACCGCCUGGAGAUUUGGGACGGCUUCCCUGGAGUUGGUCCAUACAUUGGCAGAUACUGUGGACAAAAUACUCCAGGACGGAUCAUAUCCUACACUGGAAUCUUGGCUUUGACAAUCAACACAGACAGUGCUAUUGCAAAAGAGGGAUUCUCAGCUAAUUUUACUGUGCUGGAAAGGACAGUCCCGGAUGACUUUGACUGCACCGAGCCUUUGGGUAUGGAAACUGGGGAAAUCCAUUCCGACCAAAUCAUGGCUUCAUCCCAGUACAACCCCAGCUGGUCUCCGGAACGAUCUAGACUCAACAGCCCUGAGAAUGGUUGGACCCCUGCAGAGGACUCAAACAAAGAAUGGAUUCAGGUUGAUCUUGGAUUCCUGCGCUUUGUCUCGGCGAUCAGCACACAGGGAGCCAUCUCUCAAGAGACCAACAAGAAAUACUAUGUGAAGUCCUACAAGGUGGAUGUAAGCUCAAACGGAGAAGACUGGAUAACUAUUAAGGAAGGCCCAAAACAGAAGAUUUUCCAAGGGAACACCAACCCUUCUGAUGUAGCGAAAGCCAUGUUCCCAAAGCCCACAUUGACGCGAUACCUCCGGAUCCGACCAUACAACUGGGAAACCGGUAUCGCUCUGCGCUUCGAGGUGUAUGGAUGCAAAAUCUCAGAGUACCCAUGUUCUGGAAUGUUGGGAAUGGUCUCAGGCCUUAUCGCAGACUCUCAGAUCACAGUUUCAUCCCAAACCGAGCGCACCUGGGUGUCAGAGAAUGCCCGUCUGCUGACCAGCCGUUCGGGAUGGACCUUGUUGCCGCAGCCCCAGCCGUAUGUGGAUGAGUGGCUGCAGAUAGAUCUGGGUGAGGAGAAACUGUUCCGAGGUUUGAUCAUCCAGGGAGGUAAACACCGUGAUAACAAGGUAUUCAUGAAGAAGUUUCGGCUGGGCUACAGCAACAAUGGAUCUGACUGGAAAAUGGUGAUGGAUGCUACUGGCAACAAGCCCAAGAUAUUUGAGGGGAAUUUGAACUAUGACACGCCAGCGUUGAGGACGGUGGAGUCUACAUUGACACGCUUUGUUAGGGUGUACCCAGACAGAGCCACUCCUGCUGGGAUGGGACUUAGAUUGGAACUCCUGGGCUGUGAAAUGGAAGUGCCCACAGUGCCCCCUACUACGCCCACUUCCUCCACCACGCCAUCAGAUGAGUGUGAUGAUGACCAGGCCAACUGCCAUAGUGGAACAGGUGAUGACUACGACCAGACAGGUGGAACCAUUGCGCCAGAGACGACCACAGAGAUGAGCACCGUUCCAGCGUUCCUGUGGUUUGCCUGUGACUUUGGCUGGGCCAGUGAUCCUUCAUUCUGUGGCUGGAUGUCAGAGGACAGCGGUUUCAGGUGGCAGAUCCAGUCCAGCGGCACCCCGACUCUAAACACCGGCCCAAACAUGGACCACACUGGCGGAUCAGGGAACUUCAUCUACACGCUGGCAACAGGUGCUCAGGAGACAGAAGUGGCUCGGUUAGUGAGUCCAUCCGUGUCGGGCCAGGACUCGGACCUGUGCUUGUCCUUCUGGUAUCACAUGUUUGGCUCUCACAUUGGCACGCUACACAUCAAACAGCGCAGAGAAAGCAGCCAGGGCUCAGCUGAUGUCCUGCUCUGGACGGUCAGCGGUCAUCAAGGCAACCGCUGGAGGGAGGGCCGCGUGCUCAUACCCCACUCCAAUAAACCCUACCAGGUGGUAAUUGAAAGCGUAGUGGAGAGGAAGAGUUGGGGAGACAUUGCUGUGGAUGACAUCAAAAUCUUAGACAAUCUGAACAUGGCCGACUGCAAGGACCCAGAUGUCCCAGCAGAGCCAAUUCUACCUGAGGACAACUUCAAUGAAAUCAUCGUGGACAUCACAGACUUCCCUGAGAUUGUGGAGAACCACGAGAUCAGCGGAGCCGGAAACAUGCUGAAGACGCUGGACCCCAUCCUCAUCACCAUCAUCGCCAUGAGCGCGCUGGGGGUCUUCCUCGGCGCCAUCUGCGGCGUGGUCCUCUACUGCGCCUGCUCCCACAGUGCCAUGUCCGACAGGAACUUAUCCGCCCUGGAAAACUAUAACUUUGAGCUAGUGGACGGCGUCAAGUUAAAGAAGGACAAGCUCAACUCACAGAACACGUACUCAGAAGCGUGAGGCGCCGACCAAUCAGAGGGAACCUCUCCGCAGGGAGGGCGGGGCUAAAACGGACUGCCGAUGCCUUCCGGUUGGAGGAGGACAAGGCUCUGUGGUUCAGCGAACCAAUGGGAGGUCUGGGACUGAGCCAUGCUUUUCUCAGGAGCCGCAGUGAACGGAACCUACCAGUAGGGGACACUGUGUACAAAACAUUGAUUACAAGGAUUUAAAAGAAACAAAAAACUAAAUGAAAAAUAAGAAUAUGUACAGAUGAUUGUUAUUUUAAUUUUUUAAUUUUAUUGUUUUGUAUUCUUUUUGGUUGAUCAUUUUUACAAUCGGAUGCUGGUGUUGAGACCAAUAUAUAAUGAUGUUAUAAAGUAUUUAUCUUUUUUUUUUCUAGGAGG